AUGCCAUGCACCGUGAGGGUAGGUGUUAGUGGAUUUGUGGUUCCCUGCGCUCCUCCAACACCCACCCACGCAUUCCUCCCCUGCCCUGAGGCUGUUGAAACGACGUCUGGCCUGAGCCAUGCCUUGGAUGAGCUCACCAGUGUCGCCGCCUCAGAGGUUGCGUCGGGGUCGACCGUCGAUCAAGAGCCUGAGACGCAGGCGUUCUUCCAUGCCGACCCAUCCGUGUGCUUACGGCGCAAGCGUAAUGCCACGCUGCCAAUUAACCAGCUUCCCCUAGAAAUUCUCGAGGGUAUUUUCAAGCUUGUGCCGGAGCUAUUCCGUGCAAACGAAGGCAAUACAUCAGACCUGGAGUUCAGCAUAUGGGAGUCACAGUUCGCUGACAUCAAAGACGUCCUCGUCUUGACGCACAUCUGCAGCCACUGGCGCGAGGUUGCCAUCCACAUCCCCGAGCUCUGGACGAGUCUUCCCGACAUCAGGACCGCAGGCGCGGUCGACGCAAUCGCCGCACGCUCCGGGACGUGCCCACUGAAGAUCAGCAUGCGCGACCAGGCGAGCCCGGGCAUGCAGAGGAUCUUGCGUGCCCACGGCCAGCGGGUCAUCGAGCUGCUCUGGGACCAGUGCGACAUCAAACUAGCGAGCAGCCUCCGCACACUCAACUUCAAUGCGCCCGUUCUGCGCACGCUAGCGCUGUCGGGCAUCCCGCUGCCGUCCUAUUUCCGCAUGGUUACGAUCUUGCGGAACACCGCGCCGCAGCUGCGCAAUCUCUCCAUUAGCGAUAUGGACUGGGUGCCCGGUGUGCCGCUUCCCGCCGUCACGAAUAUCUACAUUUCGCGCCUUUACGGACGGCACGCACUUUUAGACCUGCUCAACUUCCCCGCGUGGUGCUCGCGGCUGGAGAAUGUGGUCAUUACACACCAGGACUUCGUCCGCAUGGACAGUUCUGACAUGCCAGGUCCCGUGACAUUACCGAAUUUGCGAAGACUGGCAUUUGUCGGCGUCCAUUGCGAGGUGGUAACAACAGUAUUGACUGAGUGGUCGAUCAAUUCCGACACCGCGCUACGAAUCGUUUGCCCCGAGAUCCCUGAAGAGAACACAGACGCUUUCUUCUCGCGGCUCGCGGGCAUUCCGACAGUUCAAGACAUCACGCGGCUGUCCAUCUAUAACUGGGCUGACAGCCCGACCGUGGUAGCAGUCGGGGGAUCUUCAGGCAUCAGCUUCGAAGUCAUUGAAGGCGAGAGGUACAGGCAUGGGCAGGAGAUGGUCAGCCUCGCUCUGCCUAGGUUCCUGCCGAUGAACAAAGUCAGAGAACUCUGGUUACUAGAUGCAGACGCUCCCAAGAGCAUUGAGGAUUGUGCCGGUUGCGAGUCACACACCAUGCGCGACGUCUUGCGGGCGUUCCCCGCACUCGAGGUCUUGACAGUCUCAGAUGGCUGCGCCGCGGCGAUCGCCGAGCUCCCGGACUCGGAGGAGUUCUGCGUCAGUUGUCCGGCGCUUUUCACUCUGCACAUUGUGUGUACGGGCACGAUUCUUCAUCACGAUGAAGCAUGGGUAGCCGCGAUGCUCGUGAAGCUCGCCCAGAGACACGAUUAUGUCCCAUUCAAGCGCGUCCUUAUCGGGUAUAUGCCCGGCUAUAAGCAGACGAGGCUGUACCGCACGGACGCGGACUCGCUGUUUGGCUCUGUGGAAUACAGGGACCUCGCGCUAGAUGAAGUGCCGUACAUGCCAGUACCAGAGUUGUGCAAGGAUGCUCACAAGUACUGGACCGGAUUCGAGGCAAAAUCAUCACGAUCAAGUUCCGGCUUGCCCCAUAGAUGA